AUGUCGCCAAAUAUUCCCCAGGCGCUCGUAAAGGGCGACACUAUAGCGUUCGUAUCCCCGUCGGCUCGCAUAAACAAUGCCAUACCCUGGCGGCUGGAAAGGGCGACGGCGAUCCUGGAGCGUGCUGGGUAUCAUGUCAAGAUUAUACACGACCCGCACGUACCUCACUCACCCCUGAGCGCCAAUGUCGCGGCCCGCGCCGAGGAAGUGCACUCGGCGUUUCGGGACCCCACGGUCAAGGCCAUCAUAUGCUGCAUCGGCGGGUCAACGGCCAACGAGUUGCUGCCGGCAUUAGAUCCCGAGAUCAUCCGGAACAAUGCCAAAAUCUUGACCGGCGGAUCUGAUAAUACUCUCCUCCAUCACUUUUGCUACGUCAACGGUCUUCGCACCUUUUACGGGCCCUCGGCCAUUAAUCAAUUUGGCGAGUGGCCAGAGCCCUUGAGCUUUACCUGGGAGCACUUUUUCCAGGUCACCACCACGACGCAAAAACCGGUCGGACAAAUGCCCCGCAGCGUCGCCUUUACCGAACAAGUCGCGGACCGCAAGACGGAGCCCGAGAGGAUUCGCAACGGGACGAUGCGCGCCCGCGUCAUGAAGCCGUCGACGGGAUGGCGUUGGCUCCAAUCUGGUGGUAGUGAAGCCGUCGAGGGUGAGAUAUGGGGCGGCUGUUUGCCUAGCCUGCUGCAAAUGAUGAGUACAAAGUGGCAAGUUUCAUAUCAUGAAAAGAUUGCAUUUAUCGAAACACCAAAGGACUACACCCUAGAUGUUGCCCUCUGUCAUUUCCAAGACUUGAGAAUGAGGGGCAUUUUUGAGCAGAUUGUUGGUCUCGUGGUCGGGCGACCCCAUGGGUACUCGGAUGCCGAUGUGCAGGGCUGGGAGGAUGGAAUGAUUCGGGCACUGGAAGGGUACAGCUUUCCUGUGCUUGCUAAUGUGGAUGUUGGUCAUACUGAUCCGGUCUUGACCAUUCCACUGGGGGCAAGAGUCCGGCUUGAUCAAGGUCAAGACUUGUGGGAAGUGCUGGAGCCUGGUGUUUGUUGA